AUGUCUUCCGAAAAGGUCUGCUCCCCAUUUGAGCAAGGGCCCUCAAGUAAGGCGAAAAGUUCAUUAUUGACAUCAGACAAAGCCGGAUGGGAACAGUAUGUGCAAGUUAAACCAGAUGACACGUCGAUAACCCAGCCUGUUGAUUUUGACAAGUCCAAUCGGAACAUGUACUGGCUGUGGAGUGACGAGCAGAGCGAUCUCGGAUCUUUGGUUAUGUUUCCAUUCGAAGCCGUGGAUCAGAGAAAGGUGCUGUACACAGCUAAACGUGCUCAAAUCUCUCCCGAAGGAAUAAUAUUUCAUCCGAACGAUAAGACGGUUCUGGCCGUGAUUGAGGUUUAUCACAAGCCGGAGCUAUUCAUCGUCAACGAUACGAUCAGAAAUGACCUACAGUAUCUGCUCCAGUACGGUGCAAUUCAGAGCAUCUCUAUGAGUUUAGGCUUCAGAUAUGACAACAUGGCUGGUUACGUACAUUUUGCCAGGUAG